UCUAUGACCCUUUCUUAAAUAAAUAACCUGAUUAUUAAAUAAAUAAAGUUUGUACAAUUCUUUCACUACUUCAAAACAUCACCAAAAGAUAUGGAAGUUCAUUAUGCUAAGAAAAUGAAAAAAACAGCCACAGAGCGUGGAGAUCACUGCCAAACCGAGUGGCGGAGGUACAAAGGCGUGAGGCGGCGGCCUUGGGGUAGGUUCGCGGCGGAGGUAAGGGAUCCAGAGAAAAAACGCAAAAGAAUAUGGUUGGGAACAUUUGAUACACCCGAAGAAGCAGCUUUAGCUUAUGAUAAAGCCGCUUUCAAGCUACUAGGUUCCCGGGCCAAGGUGAAUUUUCCUCUCCUGAUCGGAUUAGAUCAUGACUCGCCAGUUGUUGUGGCUGCUAGGUGUCUCGCUGUAUCCUCCCAUGAACCAAGGAGGAACAAUACAGCUGAGCCACCUAGCAGUGCCACAACAACGCUGGAGGACGAGUCAGACACAAGAUGCUAUGUCCCCACUUUUGGGACAAAUGAUGAUGUUGUUGUUGAUACUGUAGUUGAGGUGCAUGGAAAUAGUGAUCAAGAGUCAGAAUGUUUUCAAACAGAUUUCAUACCCUCGUCAUCACUUCCUCAACUACAUCAAGAAUCACCAUCGACUACCAACAAUCGUGAUAACACGAAUUGGGAUUUCGAAAGGUUUACGUCUAAACCUGAUGAAUCAUCGUUAAUAAGGAUGGUGCAACCAUCAGUAGUGGCGCCUUCAUUCGCCGAAUGUCCAGCAGAAGAGGUGGAUACUGAUCUUGAUCUAUUGUGGAACUUCGAUGCAACGACGCCUGAUGAGUUUCUUUUCCUUGAAUGCUUGAAAAAAUGAUAGAGAAAAUUAUUAAUAAUUCUAAUUUUUCAUUGACAUUUCGUGGUUUAUUACUUUAUUUACUUGGUUAUGUAUCGCUUCAUGGCUUUAUUAUUUUUUUUUUCUUUCCAAUAUGAUAUCUAUGGAAUACUUUGUCAAUGAUCCGUACGUGGAAACUUUGGAUA